AUGUUAUUCUCAUCAGUUUUGUUGUCGACAUUGCUUUCUGGCUUGGCAGUUGCAAAGCAAGAAGUUGAAGUUAUUCAAUUUGAUAAUUUAGGAUACUCCGGAACUUAUAAUCAAGUUAGCAAAUUAGAAAAUAUUUACUCCGACUCGUGUUCAUGUGAAGUCAAUAGUGACCCUGUAAGCUUUUCAGGUUCAAAUGCCCCAUUAAAUGAAGAACUUUCCGUGCACUUCCGUGGUCCUUUAAUUUUAAAUAAAUUCGCCGCAUAUGUUUCUGACGGCUUUACAUAUGGAGAUGAUAGUUCUGGGAACUGGAAUAGAUUGAGUUAUUAUGAUGCAUCUAGUGGAACCAGUGAUAAUGUUACCUUUUUAACCAAAGCUGGUGAAAAUUCAUCAUGUUUAGGUUUGGGAUUGACAUAUGCCGAUAGUGAUGGUGUUUCAAAAGCCAGUGGAUCCACUGUUUUAGCAGAAGGUACCUUGAUCAGUUCAAAUGACGAGUUUGUCAUUUUCUCCAAUGUUACUUGUGGUAAAUCUGGUUACAAUAACGAUUGUGGUGUUUACAGAGACGAUAUUCCAGCAUACCAUGGUUUCUACGGUACUACCAAGAUGUUUUUGUUUGAAUUUAAAAUGCCAAACGAAACUAGCACCGAUACUUCUAUUUCCAAUUACAAUAUGCCAGCAAUUUGGCUUUUGAAUGCCCAUAUCCCAAGAACUUCUCAAUAUUCAAAUAAUGUCAACUGUUCUUGUUGGAGAUCCGGCUGUGGUGAAUUUGAUGUUUUUGAAGUUAUGAACACCACCGAAUACCUUCACUUGUACAGUACCCUCCACGAUUAUCAAGGUACCGAUCAAAUUGAAACUGGUUUAGCUGCUCCAGGUUAUAUCAAUCGUGAGUUAGGAGCUACCAUGACUGGUGGUGUCGCUUUUGAUUCUGAAGGAAAUGCCAUUGUUUGGGUUUCCAACUCUACUUCCUUUGAUUCAACUGUUGAUGCUUCAAGUGUCAACUCUUGGGUUAACAAAGCAGGCAAUGCUGUGUCUACUACUUUGUCCAGUGUUGCUGCUCAAACUGCUACAACAUCUUCUAAGAAAAAUACUGGUAUUUCAUACCAACCAUCAUUUAUUACAAACUUGAUUAUGACAUUCUUUGCCAUCUGGGUAGUAUAG